AUCAGGUAACCCUAGAAUUAUUAUUCAAGCAAAAUCAUAUACUUUUCACGAUUCGAUUUCGAUUUCAAUCAUAAAUAAAUCUGAACUCGUCUUAUCCGUUAUCAUAACGAAAAAAAAACAAAUAAAAAGUGGAAAACCAAAAUCAAUUUUAGGGUGCUUAUUAACAAAUUUGUGCUGAUUAACCAAGGAAUGGCUUUUAAUUCACGUAAACGUAUCGUAUCUUGGGAUGCAUUGGAUGUAUGUCCAACAAAGCGUCGUCGAUUGAGUUCAAAUUCUCAUGAUACCCGCAAUUCUGAAACGCCAAAAGCCACAUUAUGGGAUUUGCCUUACGCUGCUUGUUAUCGCUUUGCAAAAAACAGCAGCAGGAAACAGUCAAGUCCCUUCUCAAAGUUCAAAAUCACUCCUGACCAAAUAUACGAGGGUCUUAAUAAUACAAUCAAAACACUAAAGAAACCCAAGCAGUUUGCCGCAAUUCUAGGUCAAGCGGAACUGGAUUCGGAUAGGGGUCUUUUCACAUUCAAGCAGGUGCAGCUCAUUUGCGAGAAUAUGAUUAAAGAAUCGGAGAAUAAACUCUGUGAAUUGUACGAGGCCCUAUUGACCAGUAAUCUGACCGAGCAAUAUGAUAUUUUUGUCAAAUUCACACACGAUCAUAUUCAACGUUUCUCUGGGCCACCAUCCAGCUAUUUUACCUAAGAUUACAGGUGUAGCGCUAUGUUGGCUUAUUGCUUGUUUAUAUAUUUUAUAAGUCCGUUCAUUGCUUACUUUUUGAAAUAAAUACGGGUUCAAGAAAAACCAUAGUUA